AUGAUGUCUGCUAGGCAUACUCAACACACAUCCCAGUCCAGUGCUACUGCUAGUACACACCCCACCCCUACCAGUUGGCUCACUAUUGAGGAUGAGCCAUCUGACAUUGAGGGAGAAGAUGAGGAGACAGAUGAGCUUAUAGCAGAUGAGGAUGAUGUCAUUAUACUGCAGCCAGCUACACCCACAAGUGUCCCAAGUGCAACCACAGGCAGAGCCGCGACACGGUCACGCGGGCCGAACGCGCAGUCGAACUCAACACGCACGGCGACUCGCGCCCCCCACACCGCCAUCACCAUUGCCGCCCCCACCGCCGUCAACGACUCAGCGACGACGGAAGAUGCUGCUGAAAACGCGGUUGCGACGUCCUCGCGCAAGAGCAAGAAGCGCCGUCGCCGCGACAGCGCGUCUGACGUGGGAAACGACCAUCAGCGGGCUGUGAAGUUGCAGCGUUCGCGCGCGCCUUCUCCGCCCUCGCUCCCAUCCACCAAAGUACAACCUCGGGAAGACGCACCGCCUCUCUCAUCUUCCGACGAUGCUACUAUUGACUCGCGUACGCGUGCAUCGGGUUCUGCGGCUGCCAGCACCUCGGCGACUACAACGACUUCGCCGACAUCCAACCCCGCUCAGCAACAUGCUUCCACCGCGCCCAUCUCAAGUUCAGACUCCGUGGCAGUCAUUCUGCCUCGUACGGAGAACGGCCUCGCUGCACAGCCGUGCUUCCUGGUGGAUCCCAUCGAUAGGAACGCUAUCGAAGCCCAACUCGUACAACUUCUGAACGCGGUGCGAUCCCGCAACACCGCGACGUCUACUUCAGCAGUCGCUGAAGCGGUAGAGGAUGUCAUGGACGUCGACAAUAUCGUGCAGGAUGUAGGCUCGAGCGUCAACGCGCCGCAGACUCCCGCGCCGCGCGAACGCCGCGCGAGCAACACCCCGCAGAACCAACGUUCAAACCCGCGCGGCCAUGACGGUUCGUCUGUGGCGCGUGCAAUUUCCGUCGAAGACAAAGACGAGGAGGACGAGGAUCCGGCAUACAAUACGCGUCGUAGCCGCAUGUUCCUCCGCUCGCUCGGUGCGAGCUACCGUAUGCACGGCAAUCCGCCGGUGCCUACGACGAGCGCGAACAGGACCGCGUCACCGAUUGCCCCGCUCUUUCUGCGCAACUCGGCUACCGUCGUCCCGCACGCGUCUCGUGCGGAUACUUGGAAUGAGGUGGCGAGGAGCAUCUAUGGACCUGGUAGCGAGACGCGCGGGUUGACGAAGCCGAAGCCUCCGCGUAAGUCGCGCGUCAAGGUGACCGCCUCGAAUGCCGCCUCGUCUGUCCCGCCCAGCGAAGCGAUGUCCUCGCGCGCCAUAUCGGAGAGAGCGUCAUCAAGCAGAGCCGGAUCAAUAGCCCAACCCAUAGACGUCGACGCCACGCCCCUCUCGCCCGAAGAACUCCAAGACCAAGCAAACGCCUGGGCCGCCCUCGUCCGCAGCUUCGUCAAAGGCAAAAACACGCGCACGCGCAACCAAGACGCGCUCCUCAGGGCCCUCUGCGACGCGGGCACGACGGAGAUGUCGUCGCUCGUGCUCGCGCGGUCCGGGCUGUAUGCGGCUGUGCGCGCGUUGGGACAGCAGGCGGCGGGCGAGAUGUUUGCGCCGGUUGAUGCGGCGCGGGCGUUGGCGGAGAGGUGGGUGGGGGAGUUUGGGGAGGGGGCGCUUGAGGAGGAGGUUUGA